GCUAUAUAUAUUCACUAUGUGAGCCAAUGUCCAGAUUAGCUAUCAUAAUGUCACGUGUCUCUACCCCGACUUCAUUUUUGUUUUAUCACGUGAAAAGGAUGAAAAAAAUUAACUUUGUCGCGAAGUUCUGCUGAACAAUCUAUAAGCAAGCAGAAGCAAUGAAUGCUGUAAUUGCGCUGUGUACCUUCUGUGAAAUGCAUGGACCCAAAGUGAUAUUUACCACACAAACGUAUCGUAACUAUGAUACAGAGAAUAUAGAAAAACUGAAAUUCUAUGGACCUAAAGAAAUAUUGAGACAAGAUCACACUUUAUUGGAGGAUGAACAGGAUGAAUGUGAAGGCUGUCAAAGUAUCGGAAAUGUUAAAUAUCUGAGUAACGAGCAUGAAACAAGGACAUCUUUUCUUUCUUCUCAACAAUCUUUAAUGCAGGAUAUUGGAAACUUGUUAAAGCAUGCUUGCAUUAGGAGUCUGAGCUGCGAGGUGCAUCCUGGUAAGGAAGGUGUUUGCUACUUUGGAGAUGUGUACAGGGGGCAUGUUUUAAGUCAUACUUUUACAUUGAAAGAUGCCCAGGCAAGAGGAUUCAGAAGAUGGUGCAGUUUUAUUGUUUUUAUGAGAGACAAGCAAUUCUUAUUGAAUAUGUGGCCUUUUUUAAUUGAUAAUUUAAAGGAAGUAAUUAGAGAGUUGCAAGAUUUUGCGGAGAAAAAGUAUAAUGUGGAAGAAGCGGCAUGUCCACAAAGAGCAAUGAGGUUGACAGCGGUAAAUAGUGGAGCUGGCUGUCAUGGUAUUUCAAUCAAACAGUCCAGAACCUUUACUGAUAUAACAAAUGAAAAGCAUGUUUUUGUAAGAAUUCACAUGUGGUUAGUAUGGAUCCUCAGUGCUGGUGCGAGGCAUUUCAUAGAAAUUUUUCCAAUGAGUUUUUUAAAUGACGAACUUAAUUACAAUUUUGAACAUCAAAUUGAAACUGAAGAAGGCUUUACUUUAGUGAACGCAAAAUUGCCGGUAAACUUAAAUUUCAAUUCAAACAAUUCCGAACUUUCGCCAGAAUUUUCUGAAGUCGCAGAAAAAUCUAUUCCUAUAAUUCUACGAGAUCUAAAACAAGUAUUAGGAAAGGAUCAAUUUAGACAACUGCUGUACUCCUGUCUAACUGGUGUUCAAGUUUUAGUGAGAGGCCCGAAAAUUCAAAGAUUGCAAUCUUUGUAUGGACUAAGUAGUCUUGUGCCAACAGCGUGUCGAAGAGUAAAAGUGCAAACAUCGGAGUAUAUAGAUCCCGACGCAUGUAACUUUAUCGGAGUGGAUACCUCAGUAGCAGUUCCCGUACCCUGUGCAAAUGUAUGCAGGUUAGAUAUAAUACUCAAUGAACACAAGAUUGAAAAUGCAAAAUCCCACAUAGUCAAAUGGGCUGGUGCACUACCAGCAAAACUUCCGACCUUAUUGAUGAAGAUUGAAAAGUCACUCAAUAAUGAAAAAUUUGGAAACACUGCUCUUAAAGCACAUUUUGCAACUCUUCAAGAAGAAUGGGCAAAUAUCGCAAAAGUUGUUCACGCCAUGCGUGGACGAGGUCAUCGCGGUGAUCUUUCUGGACUCAUGCUCAGUCUGGGGGCUGGACCACAGGACAAAAAGCUGCUGGACGCGUGGUCUAUGGGAUUACCGUCUAAUCCAGCAUAGUUUGCAAGAAUCUUAUUAUACACGUGUAGUAUACCGUUGGGCAAUGUAAUAUUUAUUGCAGUUUACGUACAUUUUUUUUUAGUUGUGCGUUCUUUUAGAUUUCUUUUUGAUUUUAAUUGUUUUGGCCGUGAGGAAUAUUACCGUGUGUUCAAGGUUGUGUGCCUUUUUUUAUUUAUGAUUUAGUUAAAAAAUAAAAGUAAGAAAUAUAAAGUA